CGGCGGCGGGCCUAGCAGCCCGGGAAUGGGCCCCUGUGCACAUGCGCGCGCCGCUGAAGCGCCUGGGGGACGAGGAGGGGAGUGAGGUAGGGGCGCGGCUCCGCGAGCCGGUUGGGCGCCCGCAUAUCAUGUGGUGAGGAAGGAGGCGGAGGCCUGGGGUUCGGGGGAGGGGAGUAGAGAAGAGGGAAGGAACGAGGGAAAGAACGCGAGGAAGGGAGGAAGGAAGCAAACGAGGGGGCGGGAGGUCCCUGUUUUGGAGGCUCUAGGAGCGUUGCCGGCCCCUGAAGUGGAGCGAGAGGGAGGCGCUUCGUCGUUUCUUCUGCCGGGGGAGGUCCCGGCUUCCCGGGGAGGCUCUGGACCAAGCCCCUUUAGCUUCUCCCUCCAGAUCGAUGUGCUGCUGUUAACCCGUGAGGAGGCGGCGGCAGCGGAAGAUGGUGUUGCUGAGAGUGUUAAUUCUGCUCCUCUCCUGGGCGGCGGGGCUGGGAGGUCAGUAUGGGAAUCCUUUAAAUAAAUACAUUAGACAUUAUGAAGGAUUAUCUUACAAUGUGGAUUCACUACACCAAAAACACCAGCGUGCCAAAAGAGCAGUCUCACAUGAGGACCAGUUUUUACGUCUAGAUUUCCAUGCCCAUGGAAGACAUUUCAACCUACGAAUGAAGAGGGACACUUCCCUUUUCAGUGAUGAAUUUAAAGUAGAAACAUCAAAUAAAGUACUUGAUUAUGAUACCUCUCAUAUUUACACUGGACAUAUUUAUGGUGAAGAAAGAAGUUUUAGCCAUGGGUCUGUUAUUGAUGGAAGAUUUGAAGGAUUCAUCCAGACUCGUGGUGGUACAUUUUAUGUUGAGCCAGCAGAGAGAUAUAUUAAAGACCGAACUCUGCCAUUUCACUCUGUCAUUUAUCAUGAAGAUGAUAUUCACUAUCCCCAUAAAUAUGGGCCACAGGGGGGCUGUGCAGAUCAUUCAGUAUUUGAAAGGAUGAAAAAGUACCAGAUGACUGGUAUAGAGGAAGUAACACAGACACCUCAAGAACAACAUGCUGCUAAUGGUCCAGAACUUCUGAGGAAAAAACGUACAACUUCAGCUGAAAAAAAUACUUGUCAGCUUUAUAUUCAGACUGAUCAUUUGUUUUUUAAAUAUUAUGGAACACGAGAAGCUGUGAUUGCCCAGAUAUCCAGUCAUGUUAAAGCAAUUGAUACAAUUUACCAGACCACAGACUUCUCUGGAAUCCGUAACAUCAGUUUUAUGGUGAAACGCAUAAGAAUCAAUACAACUGCUGAUGAGAAGGACCCUACAAAUCCUUUCCGUUUCCCAAAUAUUGGUGUGGAGAAGUUUCUGGAAUUGAAUUCUGAGCAGAAUCAUGAUGACUACUGUUUGGCCUAUGUCUUCACAGACCGAGAUUUUGAUGAUGGCGUACUUGGUCUGGCUUGGGUUGGAGCACCUUCAGGAAGCUCUGGAGGAAUAUGUGAAAAAAGUAAACUCUAUUCAGAUGGUAAGAAGAAGUCGUUAAACACUGGAAUUAUUACUGUUCAGAACUAUGGGUCUCAUGUACCUCCCAAAGUCUCUCAUAUUACUUUUGCUCAUGAAGUUGGUCAUAACUUUGGAUCUCCACAUGAUUCUGGAACAGAGUGCACACCAGGAGAAUCUAAGAAUUUAGGACAAAAAGAAAAUGGCAAUUACAUCAUGUAUGCAAGAGCAACAUCUGGGGACAAACUUAACAACAAUAAAUUUUCACUCUGUAGUAUUAGAAAUAUAAGCCAAGUUCUUGAGAAGAAGAGAAACAACUGUUUUGUUGAAUCUGGCCAACCUAUAUGUGGAAAUGGAAUGGUAGAACAAGGCGAACAGUGUGAUUGUGGCUAUAGUGACCAGUGUAAAGAUGAGUGCUGCUUUGAUGCAAACCAACCAGAGGGGAAAAAAUGUAAACUGAAACCUGGAAAAGAGUGCAGUCCAAGUCAAGGUCCUUGUUGUACAGCACAGUGUGCGUUCAAGUCAAAGUAUGAAAAGUGUCGGGAUGAUUCAGACUGUGCAAGAGAAGGAAUAUGUAAUGGCGUCACAGCUCUCUGUCCAGCAUCUGAUCCUAAACCAAACUUCACAGACUGUAAUAGACAUACACAAGUGUGCAUUAAUGGGCAAUGUGCAGGUUCUAUCUGUGAGAAAUAUGGCUUGGAGGAGUGUACCUGUGCCAGUUCUGAUGGCAAAGAUGAUAAGGAAUUAUGCCAUGUCUGCUGUAUGAAGAAAAUGGAGCCAUCGACUUGUGCCAGUACAGGGUCUGUGCAAUGGAACAAGCACUUCAGUGGUCGAACCAUCACCCUGCAACCUGGAUCCCCUUGUAAUGACUUUAGAGGCUACUGUGAUGUUUUCAUGCGGUGCAGAUUAGUAGAUGCUGAUGGUCCUCUAGCGAGGCUUAAAAAAGCGAUUUUUAGUCCAGAGCUCUAUGAAAACAUUGCCGAAUGGAUUGUGGCUCAUUGGUGGGCAGUAUUACUUAUGGGAAUUGCCCUGAUCAUGUUAAUGGCUGGAUUUAUUAAGAUAUGCAGUGUUCAUACUCCAAGUAGUAAUCCAAAGUUGCCUCCUCCUAAACCACUUCCAGGCACUUUAAAGAGGAGGAGACCUCCGCAGCCCAUUCAACAGCCCCAGCGUCAGAGGCCCCGAGAGAGUUAUCAAAUGGGACACAUGAGACGUUAACUGCAGAUUUUGCCUUGGUUCUUCCUAGUGCCUACAAUGGGAAAACUUCACUCCAAAGAGAAACCUAUUAAGUCGUCAUCUCCAAACUAAACCCUCACAAGUAACAGUUGAAGAAAAACAUGGCAAGAGAUUAUGUCCUCAGACCAGGUGGAAUUACUUAUAUUUUAAAGCCUGAAAAUUCCAAUUUGGGGGUGGGAGGUGGAAAAGGAACCCAAUUUUCUUAUGGACAGAUAUUUUUAACCUAAUGGCACAAAGUCUUAGAAUAUUAUUAUGUUGCCCCAUGUUCCCUGUUCUUUGUUGCUGCAUUUUCUUCACUUGCAGGCAAAGUUGGAUCUCGAUAAACUUUUAUCACAAAUUGAAAUAUAUAUAUUUUUUUCAACUGCCAAUCAAGGCUAGGCGGCUCGACCACCUCAACAUUGGAGACAUCACUUGCCAAUGUACAUACCUUGUUAUAUGCAGACAUGUAUUUCUUACGUACACUGUACUUCUGUGUGCAAUUGUAAACAGAAAUUGCAAUAUGGAUGUUUCUUUGUAUUAUAAAAUUUUUCCGCUCUUAAAUGAAAAAUUACUGUUUAAUUGACAUACUCAGGAUAACAGAGAAUGGUGGUAUUCAGUGGUCCAGGAUUCUGUAAUGCUUUACACAGGCAGUUUUGAAAUGAAAAUCAAUUUACCUUUUUAUAAUGGCAGAGUUGAUUCAGAUAUUCAUUUUUUCUUUAUCAAAUGGCUGCUAUGAGCACGAGUGACUAUGCUGAAGAACACAGUUAAGUGUUGUGCAAACUGGACAUAAGCAGCAUACUACUCCAGAGUUCUUUAUGUAAAUGUCUGAUUUCUGCUUAUGUAUUUUAAACUCUCUAAUUCAAUUCCAUUUUUGAAUUGAUAGGUAAAAUUUUAUUCAUGCUAUGGUAGAAAUUAUGUCAGUGAGAUGAUUCUGUUUUUUU